AUGAAUUAUCUGAUCCCUUCAGAAUUCCCGACUAUCCACAGGAUAUUAGCAUUCUUGCAUGCUUCUAGCCGCAGAGAUGCUGAAUUUGUAGAACUAGAAAGCAAGAUCCCUAAGAGUGGCAUAGAUCAUCUCACCAGCCCUUCUAUGGACUUUAUUAAGAAGUCAUGCAAGGUUUUACUGCGUAACAUCUUUUGAACCACAAUCCUCAUGCUGUUAUUAGUGAAUAUGGAAAUACAACAAUUAACAACGAUUAUCAUAUGAAUUGGAGCAUCUGUUGCGUUUUAUUUUGUAGAGAAGCAUAUUUCAAUAACACCAGAGAACCUCCAAGUCGGGAUCUUAUGAUUUAAUGGAAUUGCAUAUUUUAUGAUCCAUUUGACAUUUCAAGUGGAGCAUAAAGGUCUCAUCAGUAUUGGGUUUCCAUGCAUGUAUACUUAUCAUUUUUACCUUGCCACUUUGACUCCUUCUAAACGGCAUAUCACCUGCAUGAUCUUUGGUGUUACUGUAUUUAUGCAAUUUUUCAUCGGAAUGUACAAACUAGGGGAAAUAGAUGUAGAGCACUUUUCUUCAGCAGUGUUCUCAGUCGGAAUCUUUUUCCUUGGACUUGAAACCAACCAGACCAGACUCUCACAAAUGUACCAAAUGAUUCUUGAGAAUGAUAAGUUGGCUAAGGAAAAGCAGAAGGUUGUUCAACAGUUCCCUCAUCCAGUUUUGAUUCUUCCUCAAGAAAUAUCUGAAGAUUUCAAAUGAUACUCUAAUGAUCAAUUUGAACAUAAAAUAAAGGCUUUGAACCAGGUAAUGAAAGAGUUAGACGAUGUUGAGGUUUCAUUUAAAAAGAAUGAUCAAAUUCCAGAUGCUCAACAAGAAAUCCAAUCACUUCUUCAGUAUUUAAGAGAUUCUGAGGACUUUGAACAGAAUGGACAAGAUUCAGUAAAGAGAGAUUUAGUCAUAAAGUGAUUGCAAUUUCUAAACAACGACUCAGAAAGUUCUAAAGAUAUUUUUAACAAUCAGCAUGAUAAAAGAAAGCAUGUUAACAGGAAUUUUAACAUCAAGUCUCUUAAAAUUGAAUGGAAGGGGGUUCCUUCUGUCAUGCAUGUCUUCAUUGACACAACUGACAUCAUCAAUCUCGAACAAGCCAAGAACAGAAUCAAAAUGCAGAAGAUCAUGUUUGCAAGUGCGAGUCAUGAGUUCAGAACUCCACUCAAUGCAAUAAUUAACUCUUUUGAGAUUAUCAAGUCGAGUCUUCAAGAGUUCCUCAGAACAGUAAUGGAGGAUACAGGGCAGAAUGUGAUGGAAUACAGCCAUCCCAGAGAAAACAUUGAUCUGAUCUCGAAGUUCAUCAGGACAGGCUCUACUUCAUCCUUGCUGUUAAUGGCACUUGUUGAAGACAUUCUAAAUCUGUCCAAAAUAGAUAAUGGAACUUUUACUAUCAAACUUGAAUUCUUUCAAGUGCCAGAGUUGCUCCAAGAAGUGCACUCUCUGUUCACAAUACAAUGCGAAAACAAGGGAGUUGACUUGCUCAUAGAAUGAGAUGACACCUUGCACAGUUGUGAAAUCAGAACUGACUGCAACAGAAUCAGACAAGUCUUACUGAACUUGGUCUCAAAUUCAUCCAAGUUCACUUUCAAUGGAUUCAUUAAAAUCAAAGUUUGAAUGGUGAAGUCUCUGGACGGCUCUGAUUACUUGGAAUUCAGAGUUCAAGACACUGGAACAGGCAUCAAAGAGCAAGACCAAGAGUGUCUGUUUAAACUGUUUGGUGUUCUUGAAGACAAUGAAGACCUGAACCCAAAUGGUUGUGGCUUGGGGUUAACAAUAAGCAAGAAAUAUGUAGAGCUGCUUGGAGGAGAAAUUCAUGUUGAGUCAAUAUAUGGAGAAGGCACAGAAAUGAUCUUCACAAUCCUCAUUACUGAGAUUAAACGACUUCCUUCUCUUCCUGACCUCUCCUCAAAAAAUCUCUCAACUUUCUCUCUCAAAUCUAUCAAGCCCUAUCCCGAAUCAGACCUUAAAGUCAGCGAAGAGCAUAUUUCCUCCCUAAAUCCCAUUAACAAACUUCACAUCAGUGACUUCACAAUCCAUAAAUGGUCAUAAUUCCUACUCUGUCACGUACAAGAAUUAAUUUUUAUAAAUUCCUAA